AUGGCUGAUGAAGAGAAAGGAUCAUCUGCUUGGUACAAAGUUCCUACAUGGGAUGGGAAUCCUUCGAUCUUCCGGACCUUUCAAAGGGAGAUGAGUUGGUGGAUGGCGUCGAUGGACGCAUCGUCGUGCACCAAAUACAAUGUUGCAGCUCGUUGGACAUUGCGCCAGACAGGCAUCGUUCGAGCUCGAUGUGAAGAGUUCACUCCCGAAGAAUUGGCCGGGAAGACUGAAGUGAGGGGUACAGACCCAUCAUCUGGCGAAGAGGUGGUCCUUGUAGAAGCAGACCCUUGGUUUGGCAUCCGCAAACUUAUGAAGGCUCUUGAAGAGAACAUGGAAAGGACCAUCCUCGAUCGAAAAGAUGAACUUCGACGCCAAUUUUACCAAGACCUCAAACGAAACGCUGGCGAGAGAAUCAGCACCUUUUGCACCCGCUUUCGAACGCUUGUGUCGGAGAUGCGUCGAGAAGGCAUUAUAUUGCCAAGCAAGGAGUUGGGUUGGUUCUUGCGAAAUCGCUUGGGGCUCGAUGCAAUUCGAGUCCAGUUGCUUGAUACAACGUUGAGGGGUCGUGAAUCCUAUGAGGAAGUUGAAGCUGAACCAUUGAGAUUCUUCCGUGAUUUGCAUAGUGAAAAUCCUUUGCAUCGGAAGAGCGUCACUGAUAGAUCACCAUUGCUCAGCGAAGACGAUGAAGAGGAGUUGAUUCCAGAUCAGCCAGAGGCCAAUGCAAGUGGCCUUGAAGAGGUUUUGACGGCGGAAGCCGAAGUGUUGGCGGCAGAGAUUCAGGCUCUUGAAGAAGAGGGCAUGGAACCUGACGUGCUGGAAGCCCUCGAAUGUGGAGUCGAACAAGCCGCUGAGUUGCCGAUGGUCAUUGGGACAGAUUUGGUCCUCAUUUGGGUAUCCAUCAUUCCAGUUGAGAGUUUGGGUUUGGGACUACUUCUGGGACGGGAUUGGUUGGAUGGAGUUGGUUGCGUGUUGAGCUUUUCCAAGAAGAUCAUGAGGGCUGAUGGCAGGACAUUUUGCAUUGCGAUUGAUCCCUUCGGAGUGGCCCAGGUUUCUCAUCCGCCUGCAAACAAGAGUCCUAUGGCACGUGCGCGGCAUUUGCUUAUGGUUGUGUCGGCGGCCGUGGCUGCGCUAUGCCUCGUUUGUGGAAGAUUCCAUGCUUCAAGGGAUGCUGGCAGUUCGCAGUUCAAAAGGAAUCGCCAGCAAGAUUCGCCAGCUGCAGCAGACAAGGCCAAGAAGGAAGGCAAGCAAGCCGAUGCAGUUCGAGAGCUGAUAGGUGGAGUACAACGAGAAGACAACAGUCGAGCAGCUCAAGGCAAGACUGCAGCCUCAAGUCCAAUGCCAGGAGUGAAGUUGCAAGACAUCCACGACCUCCUGGCGCAGCAGGAUCAGAAGUUGAGGCCCAGUGUAAUAUUGGAGGAGAGGCGGAAAGAAGGCCUUGAGAAACAGUUCCACCUCGACCAUGCCAAGUGUCGUGAAGUGUUGGCUGUUGAUGGGGCGGAGGAGGAAAAGCCUGAGGAGGAAGGAGGUGCAACCAUGGAUCCGUACGACACAGAGUCAGAGAUCUCUUCAGUUGAUGAGGAUGGUGCACCCGAAGCCAGAGUUUCCUCAGCAGUUCGGCAAGCUGUCAAACGCUUGCAUGAGAACACAGGUCACCGUUCAAACCGUCGCUUGGCAAGGGCUUUGGUUUUGUCUGGUGCCCCCAAAGAAGUGAUCUUGGCGGCCAAAACGUUGAAAUGCAGCUUCUGUGAUGAGAAAAGGCGACCCAAAAGCCAUAGGCCGACGUCGUUGCCUACGCCCAAAGAUGUUUCGGAUCAGGUGCACAUAAACAUCUUUGAGUGUUCAGAUAUCACAGAGCAGCGUUUUUACAUUGUGCAUUGCAUUGACUGGACCAGCAGGUUCCAGAUGGCAGAAGCUUUGGAAUACAAAGACUCCGACAGCAUUGUUCAUUGGUUCCAAGAACGUUGGAUGAGCGUGUUUGGACCUCCAAGGGUCAUUGUGGCCGACCAAGGCGCCUUGGUGCAAUGGUGUAUGCGAGAGAGGUCUGGCACGAUGCAAUACAGGAUUGCAUUGAAGCGGCAUUGCAUGAUGUCAAACGACAGAGCUCCGAAGAUGUUGGCCCAAACCUUCCACCACCUCCGACGCCUUCAAUGGCAGUUGAUCCAAGUCCCUUACCGACAGUAUGCCAAAGACACUGCAAAUCAGUCCGUUCCAGAUGUUGAGCAAGCGCCAAAGCAAGAUGAGAUUUUUGAAAAUAUCCUCAAGAAUGCCACCAUGCAUCCCUUGAGAGCGAUACAACUGCAAGUGGAGAAAGAUAAGAAAGCAGAUGGCAACCUUGCAGUUCAAGACCAUGGCAGCUGGUCAGGCAAGUGGCCUUUGCCCACCCGCACAUCGUGGGAGGCACAUGAGAUCAGUUGCACCCUUUGGCCUUGUGGAGAACACGAAGUCAAUGCAGCCAAGACAACUCGUCGUGAAGUGAAAUGGAAGGACAUCCCCAUGCAUGAGCGAGCUAAAUACCGGAAAGCAGCUGAAACCGGUUGGAAAGUUCAGGUGGACAAUGGUGCUUUUGAGAUUCUUUCAGAUGAGGAGUCCGAGCGCAUCAAGGCAAAGCUGCGAGCAUCCGGUCAGUUGCACAAGAUCCUCACACCUCGGUACAUCUAUACCGACAAGCACGAUGGUCUCAGGUCAGACAGCAACCCGUUGCCCUUGUUGGCCAAUGCACGCGAACAUUUCCAAGAAGGUGAGCGUGAGCUGUACAUUUGCAACAUUCGUUGCACCUCUGUUGACGAGCCGAUGCUUCCUUUCAGUGCUGGCAUUGUGGUCAGCCACGUCGACGACCUUUUGAUGGGAGGCACAGACCUAGCUGGCAAGUCCCUCAGAGCCCUAGGUGAUGAGCUUGGGUUCGGAUCGCUGGAGACAGGUUGUUUUACGUAUUGCGGCAAACAAAUCAAGCAGAAUGCUGACGUGACCAUUGAGGUCAAUAUGCAGGCCUUCCAUGAGAACGUUCAGCCCAUUGCUGUCCCUGUUCACCGCAAGAAGCAAUUUGAAGCAGCACUCACACCUGCCGAGCAUCGCCAGUUGAGAGCCAUACUGGGAAGCUUACAAUGGUUGGUGACUCAAGUGAGGUGGGACAUGGGAUUCCACCUUAGUGUGUUGCAAGGCGAACCUCCAGUUGUCAAGACAUUGCUCAAAGCGAAUGCCCUGGCCCGUUUGAUGAAACAGGAUGCUGGAUUCAAGCUUCGCUUUGGUCAGAUGGACCUACAAGGUGCUGGCAUUUUGGUGGUGACAGAUGCUUCAUUAGGCAAUGUCACGAGAGCCAGUGGAGCAGAUGGUCCAUUGUACACCAAGGUGUUCAAUCAGGUUCAAGGCUUUAGUGUCUUGAAGGGGGACGAGCAGUACAACAGCUUCAUUCCUUUGGGGCUGGAAGAUUACGAUGGUGUCACAGUCAUCCCGCUGAGUAGGAACAGUGACUACCCUCAGGCCUAUGCAGGUCAGAUGUAUGUGCCUCGAAAUGCUGAUUUGCUGGCUGGUCAUUGGCGAAUUGCCGAUAUUGAUUCAAAGCUCUUCGGAGACAUCGUGCCUGAAAUUGAUCUCACUGAUGCUACCAAGAAUGUUCUUCUGCAAUUUGGUGAUUUUCGGAAGCGGCUGCAUGUCAAAGACGGCCAGAUUUUCAGCUUGGAAUUUGUUUCUGAUUUUGACAGUUGGAGCAAUGCCAAGCGACCGGGAUUGCCAGGCGGUGAUGCUGGAGAUUUGAGGCUGUUAGGAUGCUCAAAGCUAGCUUCUGGAAAAAGGCAGAUAUCUUUGGAAAAGGCUUUGGAGAGCAUGUCAGAUCAGAAGUUUGACGAUUGGCCACAUAGAGGGCCGAAGGCGACAAAGGAAUUCCUCGAAAGUGUGCUCCAGAACGGUGGAGACCUCAUGACAUACCACAGUUCUUUCAUGCGUAAGUCAGGGUUGUCUGACAACAGUGCUGCCUCUCAUGAAUACAAGAAUUUGCUGAAUAUCCUUCGCCUUGCCAUCAGUUAUGACCAGGUUGAUGUCAGCAACUUGGCGUGCAUCGAGCAGACAGUGCGCCGAGUCUUGGAGAUUCAGAUUGCUGUCCGAAGGAACCCCAAGCAUCCGACUUUUGAUGCCUUCGAUUACAACCUUCGUGGAACAGUUGAUGAGGUAGGUGGUGCCAGGGCAUUUAGCUAUGCAGAGUGGGUCGCAGAACAACAGAAAGUUGAGGCCAAGACUCUCAAGAGCACUCGUGAAUGGAGAGAGGAGCAGGCGGCCGAUCGCAGACGUGCCGGUCGUGCGGCCGAGAAGGAUGACUCUGAGGAAGAUGAUCAUGGCGGAGAUGCUGGUAUGACACCAAAGUCGUGCUUUGAGCAGGUGAUCAAGUCAAAAGAUAUGAUGUACUCGCUCUCCCAAUGCAACGUAGCACCCUACGACCCUGACCUUCUGAAGGUCACGAAAACUGCGACUGUGCCGAAACCUGCCACUCAGUUGUUGCCUGCCAUGGAAGCCAGCUGGCUUGAGGAACCAGACCAACACAUCGUUCGUUCGGCAGAAGAGAUCGCUCAGUGGGCCGCUGCCAAUGGGGAUUUCCAUCCAUAUUGGGACGAAACUCUCAGGACUGACCGCAUGGCCCGACAUGACCUUUAUCGCAAGCUUUGUAAUAAGUCACUAAUUGGGUUUAGGAAGCGCAUCCGCGCCAAAGUUGGUCUUUUCUUCGUUUGGAAGUCCAGUCGGAAGGGCAUCCGUUUGAUCGUCGAUGCACGUAUGCCUAACGCCUGCCACAAACGCCCCCCAAAGACCAAAUUAGGAGGUGCCAGUGCCAUUGCAGAUGUUGAUGCAUUCGCUGAUGAAGAUGACCUGGCCUUGUUAAAUGAGGGGUAUGGUGGGCCUGUUGAGCUUCCUUGCAAGAUGUUUGGCGACACUGGCGAUGUGAGUGAUGCCUUUUACCAAUUCAGUGUGGCAGGGCUUGCGGAUUGGUUCGGGUUGGAUGAUCCUGUGCGAGCAGCAGACUUUGAGGUGACAUCGGUUUGGGACCCGGAUAGCGGUUGUCAAGUUGAUGUUGACCCAGAUGAGAUGUUGUUCCCGGUCUUCCUUGGCAUGCCGCAGGGGUGGGUUUGGGCCUUGCACUUUUGUAACACAGCUGUUGAGUAUGGCAUGUCGAAAGCCAUUCCAGCCACGCAGUUUGUGAAGGAAGGCAUGCCCCCACCGGAUCCUAGAUGUGGCCCCAUAAGUAGCGUGUAUGUUGACAACAUCGGAGUCUUUGGAUUUGUUGAGAAGGUUGUCGACCAUUCCUUCGAUCAGUCCGUAGCUAACCUUGAGCGAGCUGGCUUUGUUUUGCAUGAACUUAACAAGGGUAAUGUUGAAGUUGUCAACGUUGGAAUCGUGCUGUAUCAAAACACGUUGAAGAUUCGCCACAUCAAGAAUAGAGCUUGGCGGUUGUACCUUGCCAUCAAACAUGUGCUUCGUAUGCGGUCAAUCACUUUCAUCAUUGGCACAGCUGGUGUGCCUCGAUGGGUGCUGGCUUUCAAUAGGCCGUCGCCUGAUUUAGCAGCUUCGAGCUUGGCCCUUUUGAGAAAAAGAGGCUGGCUGAUGAGCCAUACUGGUGUGGCGAUCCAUCAUUUUGAAUGGGAUGAGAGAUAG